UAGACUGGCUCCCCUGCACUGUUCGAAGGAAAGUUGACACCGUGAUUCCUAUGCCUAAUAUUUAUUCCAGAGCUUGUUCAUUGACGAACUAUUGCAGCGGUAAAUACAAGAGUAUUGUACAUCUAUUCCWGUAGCCACAUUAUGGCGCUCGCCUGACCGCAUUUGUAAGUUGUUUAGUAUCUGAGAUUGGGACUGUUUUGUCGRGUUUCUUCGCACGCGGUAGUGGAAAUUCRAAAAUGUGACCACAAAUUCGGUUGUGGCAUUKGAUUUGAAAUCGAGCCAAAUACAAAGUCGCCCUAGUCAAGAGUAAGGACGUGCUGUUAAGAAUGGACGACAAUGUAAGGCAGCGACAAUCUUCUCAAGAGGGAAAAGCACAUGACCAAGAAACUCAAACAAAUUUUGAUAUAAAUGGUUCAGUUAUUAAUCAUCAUCCCCCAGCAAUAAUCCAYCCAGCUCCUCACAUAGAAGACUUUGAUAGAAGCCAUUCUGGAUAUAAUUCAAUACCUUGGAGUGGAAGAUAUCCACCAGCWUAUCCUGACAACCACUACACAUAUGAUGCUGCCUAUCCAACCCCACCACCACCACCACAACACCAYGUACCAUAUUAUCCCGGCAAAAACUGGCGCCACCCUGAUAGUGCAGUGUACCCUCAGAAUUACACCACCCCCAUACAAGCACCUCUUAUGAAGCAAAAUGAUUAUCAUCGAAGAAAUUACUACCCUCCACCUGAUGCCCCGCCCCAUCAGCAUGGGCAGAUUGCCUGCCCUAAACCAGAAUGGCCAUCAAGAGGGGGWCAUCAUCAAUUUUCAAAGCCUAUGGUUCCAUCACAGUAUCUUGCAAGGGUACAUAGAAAUGUACAAAGUGAAUAUGGGGCACCUCCAUCUACUGCAACAUCAUUGCGAUCAACUGUCCUUGAUGUCAGUGGGUCCAGUAUCUCAAGUCCCAGGGCUUCGGCUCACAUAAAUCGUAAAAGAGCUCGCUCUAAUACCCCAUCUUCAAUAGAGUCUAUUGAUUUGAACAUGCUAAUACGAAACUCUCCAGAUUCACUGCUUGGAUGCUUAGCAGGUUCAAGGAUAUCUUCUGCUGGUUCCUUUGGUCAUUUGAGCCCACUGGGCUUCUGUACAUCAUCUGCGUCUCAUCGUGUUGGSUCUGUUGCUGGGAGACCACCACCSUUUAUUACACCUCCACCUAUACAACCAGCGGCAUCAACUCAAGACCAGCAAAGAGAUGUCUUUCCUACGUCAACUACUGAUAUACCAAAGAAGGAAGCAAACACCGAUGAUAUGAGCUGUGCAGAGUCUCCACCCAAUAACAAGAUAGUAGAUGGUCCACCAAAGAUGAAAGAAGAACCYAUGGACACUAAGCUGGACUCCACUACAUCCCCAGGCGCAUCUGAAGCACAGGUUGGAUCAGACAAUGAGCCUGAUGAAGGCCAAGGAGARGCAGAGGAACCUAACUUAACCUGCCAUUGGAGAGAGUGCACCACAACCUUUGACAAUCAAGCUGAYUUGGUCAGCCAUGUUAAUAGUGAUCACAUUAAGAAAGAAAAACGAGAUUUCACUUGCUAUUGGAAGGAUUGUUGCCGGGAGCAGAAACCAUUUAAAGCGCAAUACAUGCUUGUUGUGCAUAUGAGGAGACACACCGGUGAAAAGCCACAUGUUUGCACUUAUGCAGGAUGUACCAAAGCCUAUUCAAGACUAGAAAACCUGAAAACACAUCUUAGAUCACACACAGGGGAGCGUCCAUAUGUUUGUGAAGUAGAGGGAUGUAGCAAGGCUUUUUCAAAUGCAUCUGACAGAGCAAAACAUCAGAACAGGACACAUUCAUCUGUGAAACCUUAUGUGUGUAAAGUACCAGGAUGUCCUAAGAGAUACACAGACCCAAGCUCUCUGCGAAAACAUACUAAGACAGUGCAUGGAGAAGGAGUUAAGAGGCUCAAGUCUGACACCAACAAAGAAAAAGAACCCCCCAAUAGCAAGAAAGCAACAUCCAGUCAAUCAAACCAACCUUCSUCAAAUGCUAACAAUUCAUCAAUGAUCCACUCUCCAUCAAGUGAUGUCAAGUCUCCAGGAAGUGGUAGUGGAAGUGGUACCAUCAAGAAAGCUGGUGGUUACACAUCUAGUAUAGUGAGCUCUACRUGUGAUGURGGAUCACCAUUAGUAGACAUUCCAGGAAAUAAUCAUGAGGGAUCACUAGGUGUCACUAAUCACCCCCCACAAUCAGGACUAUCACCAAGAAGUCCUUAUGUGUCCAAUUUACCUGGGAUUGCCGAAGGAGAUUAUGAACCAGGUUUUAAUGAAGGUGCUAAGACAACAGUCCAGCCAGUUGUGUGUGAAAUGCAGCCUCAAAAUGUUAUGUUACCAAAAAUCCACAACAAAAGUCAAGAUAUUGCAAGUUGGGUUGAUGCAGUUCACAGACGCAUGAGUCAAACAUCAACAAGGAGGUCUAGUGACGGAAGUCACUUAUCAGUGGACUUGACAGGUGAUGCAAGUCGGCGAUCAAGUGAAAGUGGAUGGGCUUCUAACAAUGAGAGCAGGAGAUCAAGCCAAACAAGCCUUGUGCCACACCCACCUAUGACACAAGUCAACAAAUUGCAGCCACGGGUUAUAAGUACCCUCCUGCCCCCCAUGACCGAUACUGACGGKGUUUUACGCAGAGCAAGUGAAACAAGUAAUGCAAGCUCKCAAAGUUUAAUGUUUAAUAGACAAAGUCGUAGCAGCAGUGGUUAUGGCAGUCAAUCCAGAAGUCCAAUGUUUCACAGAAUGCCAUAUGUCCUUCCAAAGGACCCCUUUCAACAUAGAUUAAAUGGAAGAGCCUUCAGAAGAUCAAGUGAYACUGUUAUUUGUGAAGCAGACAGCUCUGACAUGUGUGGAAGGGGGGAAAGAGAUAGAGAAGAGUACCGUAGGCGCAGUGAGCCUGCUCAGAACCAUAGUUCCAUCACAAGACAAGAGCUGCAACUUUCUUCUAGCUUGCCGACUAAUGAGGCUGAGCCUCGUGAGACCGAAUUAAUCAAUGAUGUGGUUGAUCCAAAUGAGUUUGACGCUUACCUUAAUCCUGAACAACUUCAACCUCCAGUGGCAAGAGAGACACAACCUCUAAGACAUUUUCCAUAUCCACAAGACUGUCCACACCAACAUCCUAUGGAAUCACAGACAAUCCAUUAUCGUCCAAACCUAUGUGUGACCAGAUCAUCAAACCUACAUUAUCAACCAUAUGAUGGCCAGUCCCCUGGUCCAGGUCGAUUACCAAGAUACAAUCCUCAGUACUCAAGACAAGAACACCAAUUCUACCCAAAACAACAACAAAGACUGCAGUCUCUUCCUCAGGGUCAGAUGGUAAUGCAMUAUCCACAGAGACCYCCUCCUGUAAUGGGUUACUAUGGUGAUGAGCGACCACACAAUGGAGAAGCAAACUAUCAAGAAAUGUUAAAUGGKAUGGAAGGGUUGUCAACUGGUGGUGGACAAGAUGCAAAUGUCUUUGGCUUAGGCAAUGGUAACAUGGUGAUWAAUGACAUGAACACAUUACUUAAUUCCCUGGUAGAAGARGAUAAAUACCUAGAAAUGCAACAGAAUACRCACAGAAUGGCAGGAAGUGCUAUGUCAAGUUUGUUUUGAAAACUUUCUUAGCUAAAAUUGUGAGUGAUCUACGAGUUUUGUAAAAUUGAAUGAUUUUAAAUGAAAUACUUGUUGAAUAUUGGUGUGCAUGAAAACACUAAGUAAUACAAUUACAAGCACUUGAUUAAUACAUAUACUGGUGUUAUACUAGUAGCAAGAGCAACAAAGAUAUCUAAAAGUAUAACUAUACCCCACAAUGAUGUUGAAAUAGUAAAAGGAUUAGAAAAUCAUGAAUGAAUGGAUGCAAGAUAAACAAAAAAARCAAAAGCAAUAAGAAAUAGCAUAGAAGAAAUAUAUUUUAUGUGCAAAUACAAAAUGCAGUGAUAUCAUAUCAAAUAUUUCAUUAAGUAUACAUAGUGUAUAUUACUUUUGAA